AUGGAUGUAGAUGAUACACCAUCAGAAGAAGCAUUAACAACAGUUAAUACAUUAGAAAAUAUCGAAAGAGACGAGGAAAGUGACAUCGAUGUAUCCGAUAGUCAAAGAGCUAAAGAUAUAUUUUAUGGUACAGCGAUUUUUGAAUCUCCUGCAGAUAUCGACAUUAUCGGAACAAAACCUGUAGAGGAUGUACCAAUGUUAACAUGGGUCAAUUUUGAGAUACCACCGAAAAAAAUGAAGAUUACAAAUUCAGGACAUACUGUAAUUCUCAGUGGAAAAUGGGGCCAAGAAAGACCAUACAUAACCGGAGGCACAUUGACCGGUAAAUACGUCUUUUCCCAACUACAUCUGCAUUGGGGAGUGAACAGUAUGGAGGGCAGCGAACACACCGUCGAUGGAUGUCGCCAGCCGGGAGAAAUGCACGUGGUUACAUUCAAAAGUUGUUAUUUAACUCAAGAAUCGGCACUAAAAGAGUCAGAUGGCGUAGCAAUCUUAGUGUAUAUGUUUAAGCUACAAGAUAAACCUAACGCAGGCUUUUCCAUUAUAUCGGAUGCCUUAACCGGAAUUGCAAAAGCCCAUACCUCAAUGAAAGUGAAUCCAAUUGAAUUAACGACUUUGGUGAAACAAUUUACAUCAGAUUAUUUUAUGUAUCGAGGGUCCGUCUCAACUACAAAUUGUGUACAUUAUAUAACGUGGAUGAUAACACGCGUUCCUAUGGGAGUGUCCAACGACCAGGUUGACUCGCUUAGAUAUCUGUUGGACGAUAAUGAUGAUCUAAUCAAGAGGAACUUUAGGCCUGUACAGCUCGAGUCAAACAGAAGCAUUUUCCACGUUCUCCCUUCUACGUCAAAAUACUCUACCCUAUUACCACUAACAGAAUAUGACGAUAAAACCGUCACUCAAAUAUAUCGAAUGGAAUUUGAUCGUCGCUCAAAUCCUCUAUUUCAAUUUGGAACUAGUCAAAGCGAAAGUAUAUUGGAAAAUUCUGAAGUAGAAAGUGAUCUGUAUAGUGAAGAAGAAGAUGGAGAAAGUGAACCAAAAAUUGGAAAUAAAGCGUUGUGUAUAGUUAGAACUAUUAAAAAAUAUAUAAGUAGUGUAUUUUAUGGCUUAAUUGUGUUAUUUUUGUAA